GAUCAGAAUAUGCUGCUCCAAUGCUCUGCACUUGCUUCGUGAGCACUACAAGUGGGAGACUGUAGAGGUUACUAUACCGGAGAUAGAGGCGAUGCAGCUGGCACAUUAUCUGACCAUUGGCUCCGAAUGCACUGCUUCACUGAGUUAUUGUCUGGAAAAGCUAGAUUUUUCCAAGUUAGGAUGGGAUGCAAGAGUAGCACUCAGGGUAUACGGUGCUUUCGAUAGCAACGAGUACAUAAAGGCUAAAAAAAUCAGGACCCACCUGAUGGAGAUUCAUAUGAAUAUAUUUUCCAAGGCAGAUGUCAUUGUUGCUCCAACUACAGGUGUGACUGCAUACACGAUAUUCGAUGAUGCUCUAAAGAUCGGUGAGCUCGACUACAUUAAUGGAGCUUCCCUAGUUCGAUAUCAGAUAGCAGGGAAUUUCUUGGGACUACCAGCGGUGACCGUUUCCGUUGGUUAUGACAAAGAAGGCCUUUUGCCGGUUGAGAUGGAUUAAUUAUUUGAGGCCUGACAUUAGAAGAGGGAGAUUUGCUCCUGAGGAAGAGAAGUUGAUUAUUAGCCUUCAUGGGGUUGUAGGGAACAGAUGGGCUCACAUUGCAAGCCACUUGCCUGGAAGGACAGACAAUGAGAUAAAGAACUACUGGAACUCAUGGAUCAAGAAGAAGAUACGAAAGCCUUCCUCAGCAUCCCCAACCAGCACUGCUCCUACUACUGAGCAUUCCCACAUUAAUUAUGUUUCAAACCAACUAGAGUUGGUGAAUCAGGACUUGAUGACAAGGGCAAUUCCUAAUCAUCAAGAAACCCUCUUUUCUUCUUCUCCUGCCCCAUUAUUUAUGUUCGACACGUCAAAUACACUUGAUGGGGUUCAAGUUCAUCAACAUGGUAAUACUGUAAGAGGGGAACUUUUUAACGAAGCGGCUAAUUUAAACACUGAGGGUACUUGGAACCUGAAUCAGCAUCAAGUGCAAGCAUUCCCUCCUUCAACUUCUUUCACAGUGGGUAUGGAUUCCAACUCUUAUCUGCCGCCAUUGGUGGAGAAUAUGGAAAACUUGGGGGUACCUAUUGAAGUCCAAUCAUGUAGCAUUGAAGAGGAAGGAGAAAUAACACUUGAGUGCUUGCAGAAGCAGCAGCUGGUGUUGAAUGAAUGGGUUGAAUCCCAGCAAUGUUCAAACUUUAUGUUCUGGGAACAACUCGGAGGGGAAGCACUGCCACCAACUUCAUCAAACAUUGGAACUACACUAUCUUCAUUCCCCACAUCUUUAUAAAUUAUU